GUGUCGUAGAGCCUGAGACACCAUGAGGAAGGUUCCUGUCUGCACACAGAAGAAAUUCAAGGGAGAAAAAAAAAACCAAGGAAGUGGCCAGAUGGGGAAGUUGAGUCUGUCACAAGGAUAGUGUGCUCCGCAGACUGGUAGGAGAGGAUGCUGCUGUUUGCCAGUUCAAGGAACGAUGGGAUACAGACAGCCCCAGUGACCAAAGACCAAGCCAGUUGCUGGGUUCUCAGAAAAAGAGGAAAAAUAUGUGCAUUGUCUUCACCGCUGAUUUUGCAAGAUAGCAGAGGAAGAAAGUAACAUUUUGACGUGUUGUCGAAAAACAAUUCAGGAACUCCACGGCCAAAACACUUCUUGUGACCUUGCUGCGAAAAGAUGAAUUUUCUGUCAACCUUUGUGACGUUUGAGAACCUCCAUGAGGUUAGGAGAUUGUGCCACUGGGGACCAGUCAUAGCCCUGUCUGUCAUAGCUAUAUGUUCCACCAUGGCAAUUCUGGACUCCAUCAUCUGGUACUGGCCGCUAGACACGACAGGUGGUAGCAUUAACUUCAUCAUGCUCCUUAACUGGACCGUCCUCAUCCUCUACAACUACUUCAACGCUAUGUUCGUUGGACCUGGAUACAUUCCUCAUGGCUGGAAACCAGAGAAUCAGCUGGAUACCCAAUACCUGCAGUACUGCAGAGUGUGCCAAGGAUACAAGUCCCCCAGAUCCCACCAUUGCCGCAAGUGUAACAGGUGUGUGAUGAAGAUGGACCACCACUGCCCUUGGAUAAACAACUGCUGCGGCCAUCUGAACCACGCCUACUUCACCAGCUUCCUGCUGCUGGCUCCACUGGGCUGCUCGCAUGCUGCUUUCAUCUUCAUUAUGACCAUGUACACACAGCUGUAUGAGAGGAUAUCAUUUGGCUGGAGCACUGUGAAGAUUGACAUGAGUGCCGUACGCCAAUUCCAGCCCCUCAUGCCCUUUAGUAUGCCCGCCUUCGCUGCCACACUCUUUGCCUUAGGCCUGGCACUGGGCACCACUAUUGCUGUUGGCAUGCUUUUCGUCAUACAGAUGAAAGUCAUCCUUCGAAAUAAGACCUCGAUCGAGUCCUGGAUUGAGGAAAAGGCCAAAGACAGAAUACAGCACUACCAAACAGGGGAGGAGUUCAUCUUCCCGUACGACCUCGGCAGCCGCUGGCAGAACUUCAAGCAAGUUUUCACGUGGUCAGGGGCGCCCAAGGGUGAUGGCAUCGAAUGGCCAGUCCAUCCCAAGUGUCACCAACACACCUUAACUAUUGAGCAACUGAAGCAGAAAGCUGAUAAAAGAGUAAGAAGUCAGGUCCAGUACCGGGCGGUGGAGGAUUAUAAUGGAGCCUGCUGCCCUCUGAGCAAAGGUCUCCAAACCUUUUUCAGAACCCCAUGCACCGAGGAGCCAAGGAUCCCCCUGAAAAAGGGUGACACCAUCCUAGCCACCCGGGGAACAAAAUGGUGGAUGUAUGGAGACAAAGCUUUAAGCGAGGAGCAGAUAAUAGGGGGUGAGCGUAUAAGAGGAUGGUUUCCCAGGCGAUGUGUGGAGAAGUGCCAUUAUGACACAGCUGCCAGCGAUAGCACCAGCGAGAAGAAAGUCAACUAAUUUAUCUGAACAGGCUUUAUGUGGAGCAGGGGAGUUAAACUGAACAUGUGUCUGUCUGUGUUCAUGAGCGUACAUCCACUGAAGAUGUCAUGCCUGAUUCAGGCUCCCCAUCCAGAAUUCCACAGUUAUAAUUAAAUUAUUUACACAUUUCAACAUAAGCCUUUCUUUUUUUUCUGUUAACAUAGUUCUCAAAGUCUAACCGAGGACUGCAGAAUUGUGAGAGGGAUUCAGUUUGACUCCUCUGUUAAAAUGUCAAACCCAGCAAAAGUCUUACUUUCCAAGAAAUGCCACCAGGCUUUAAUGUGACUUCUUUGUGAUUCUAUUACUUUUUACUUGAAUUUGUUGUUUUGACUUGUGUUGAUGUCGGUUUUUUGGCUAAUUAUGCAAUGCCUCUGCCCAGCUUACCCCAGGGCCUCGUCAUGCAAUUCUUUCUACAGUUCUGGGAUAACUCUUAAUUCUUUUAUUUUUUAUUUUUGUAAAAACAAGUUGUUGGCCUCAAAGUAUAAAUUGAAAAUUAAAAAUGUUCUGCUACAGUGA